CCUUACACACAGGAAGAGCUGGAUGGAGUAUUCCAAGGAUUUUCACAGGAUAUAUUUAGAGAAGGAUCUUUUCUAGAAAGAUUUAUUAGAAUUUAUCAACGGUCAAAAAAUGUCUCUACCCUCGUGCUGUCCACCUGUGCACACUUACUGUACAACAAAGAGCUCAUCAGAUAUCUUGAGGAGAAUAAGUUUGAUGCUGUCUUUACAGAUCCAUUUCUACCCUGUGGGCAGAUCCUGGCUGAGCAUCUUUCACUUCCUUCUGUGGUUUUUUUGCAGCAAAUGCCGUGUGGUUUAGAAUUUGAAGCCACUCCGUGUCCCAAUCCUCCUUCUUACGUCCCCAGGGUGUUCACAGACCUUUCAGACCGCAUGAACUUUUUCCAGCGGGUGAAGAACCUGAUCUAUGAAAUCUCAAAUUAUUUUCUCUGUGAUUUUGUCUUUCAACCAUACACAAAACUGGCUUCUGAGUUCCUGCAGCGGGAUGUGACAGUGACGGAUCUCUUACGCCAGGCUUCCAUUGGGCUUGUGAAGCUAGACUUUCCUUUACACUACCCGAGACCACUGAUGCCCAGCAUGAUUAUGGUUAGUGGAGUAAACUGUGCUCACAAGAAGCUAACUGAG